GUACGUUCCGCGUUUUAGUGUGACUCCGAGGCGACGUCCAGCGGCAAAGGAUCAGGUUCGUCUAAACGGUUUCCAGCUACACCUUUCUUCUUUCUGCCACAGAGAGAAGUCCUCGUGCUUGUGGUUGAACGUAAUUUUGCAAGUCAGAACCGAAUCACUUCAGCCGGCUAUCUAAAAAUGGUCUCACUCAACCCAACCAGAAUCUUGAAACAUGAGGGUGAAGAAGAGAAGGCUGAAAUUGCUCGCUUGUCCUGUUUUGUUGGUGCCAUUGCCAUUGGUGAGCUGGUGAAAAGCACUCUUGGUCCUAAGGGCAUGGACAAAAUUCUUGUUGGUGUUGGCCGCAAUGAAGGACAAGUUGAAGUAACAAAUGAUGGUGCCACCAUUUUGAAAGCAGUUGGAGUUGAUAAUCCUGCAGCUAAAGUCCUUGUAGACAUGUCAAAGACCCAGGAUGCUGAAGUUGGGGAUGGCACAACUUCAGUGACUGUCCUGGCCUCAGAGCUUUUGCGUGAAGCUGAUAAGCUUGUUGAAAUGAAGUUCCACCCUCAAACCAUCAUUGCUGGAUGGCGUAAGGCCUCUCAGGCUGCCAAAGAGGCUCUUACUAAUGCAGCUAUUGAUAAUGGGAAAGAUGAAGCUAAAUUUCGCGAGGAUUUAAUGAACAUUGCUCGAACGACUUUGAGCUCAAAAAUUCUUUCUCAGCACAAAGAGUUCUUUGCCAAGAUCUCUGUCGACGCAGUUUUACGUUUGAAAGGAUCAGGUAACCUUCAAGCUAUUCAAAUCAUCAAAAAGCAAGGAGGUACCCUCACAGAUUCCUUCCUCGACACUGGGUUUCUGCUUGACAAGAAACCGGGAGUCAACCAACCAAAGAGGGUUGAAAAUGCCCGUAUCCUUAUUGCCAAUACACCCAUGGACACAGAUAAAAUCAAAGUUUUCGGCUCACGUAUCCGCGUUGAUUCCGUUGCUAAAGUUGCAGAAUUAGAGUUGGCUGAGAAAGAAAAGAUGAAGGAGAAGAUUGAGCUCAUUCUUAAGCACAAUUGCACCGUCUUUAUCAACAGACAAUUGAUCUACAACUACCCAGAACAACUGUUCGCUGAUGCCGGUGUUAUGGCUGUGGAACACGCCGACUUUGAUGGUAUCGAGCGCCUUGCGUUGGUAACUGGAGGUGAAAUCGUCUCUACUUUUGGCCAUCCCGAACUUGUCAAACUUGGACGCUGUGAUCUUAUCGAAGAGGUCAUGAUUGGUGAAGACAAAUUGUUGCGAUUCUCUGGCGUUCCAUUGGGUGAAGCUUGCACACUUGUGUUGCGUGGUGCAACCCAACAGAUUCUUGAUGAAGCUGAACGUUCAAUUCACGAUGCUCUGUGUGUUUUAGCUUCGACUGUUAAGGAAACACGCACCGUCUACGGUGGAGGUUGCAGCGAAGUACUCAUGGCCAUGGCAGUAUAUGCUUUGGCUGCCAAGACUCCGGGUAAAGAAUCGAUGGCUAUGGAGGCUUUCGCCCGCGCUCUUCUCCAGCUACCCGUCGUGAUUGCCGACAAUGCGGGCUAUGACUCAGCCCAACUUGUGUCAGAGCUCCGAGCAGCACAUUCAGAAGGGAAAGCCACCUUUGGUCUAAAUAUGGAUCUCGGCAAGAUCGACUGUAUGCAGCAGUUGGGCGUGACUGAAUCGUUCGUUGUCAAGCGCCAGGUGCUUGUAUCAGCAGCUGAAGCGGCUGAAAUGAUUCUUCGCGUUGAUGACAUCAUUAAGGCAGCACCUCGCCGUCGUGAACAAGACAGGAGUCAUUGUUAAAGUUGCACUGUCGAUGCACAGCUUACGUCCUAACUUGAACUCGCAUCCAGUUUUUUCCCCCCUUAAGUGGUCCGCUCUUUUUGCUCGAGCCCACUCUUUUGCUUCGUCCUUCUGUACUGGUCCUAUAAUCUACUACAGCUGAUACACUGAACAAUUGCUUAGUAAAAGAA